UAUGAGAUAUCAAAUUUAAUAAAAUAUUUUCUUAUGAUAUAUCAAAUUCAAUGAAAUAAUCGAACUAAUAUACUGUGUUUAAAUAUCAACUAAAAUACUUUAUGAAAUAUCAUGUUUGAUAAAAUAUUAAGUUCAUGAGAAUUGAAUAAAAAUAAAAAUUUCAUGGUUUUAUGUGAGAUUUUAGAAUAGUUUAAUGAAAAUCAUAUUAAAUCUCCAAUCAUACAAAAUCAUCAAAAUUUCUUAAAAAAUAAAUUAUCUCAAACUCUAAAUUGAAUACCACCCCUGACGGAUUUCGAAUACUUCCAACAAAAAUAUGGCAAUAGUUCAACAAUCAUGAUGAAUAUUCAAACAGUAAAUAGAAAAGACGAAUCAAGCUAACAAUAACAAAUGUUCUUAGACUGGUGACUAUAAUAGCGGCCAAUCAAUCAUCGCCACGUAACCGUUUUUUUGGCGAGUCCAGGCACACGAGUCGGUGGUCAGGAUACCUAUAUAUAUCCGCGUAGGGUUUCUAUUCUCGUCUCACUCUCUCCCUCUUUCGUUCACUUCUCGCAUCCAUCAUCUUUCUCUCUUCUCCUUUAGGUCAACAAUGGCGAGAGGAGGAACAAAGAGAAAGAUUGAGAUCAAGAAACGUGAAACCAAAGAACAACGAGCGGUGGCUUACUCUAAACGCCGUAAAACGCUCUUCUCCAAAUCCGCCGAGCUCUGCUGUUUAUCCGGUGCAAACAUCGCCGUCUUCGUUACCUCUCCGGGAGAUAAAGCCAACGUCGCCUCCUCCUUCUCAGGUCACGCCUCUGCCACCGAGAUUGUUGAUUGUUACUUCAAAGGCACGCUUCCUCCGAAGAUUAGUGUUCCUGAAUCCAAAUUAGGGCUUUGGUGGACAGAUCCGGAUCUUUACAGUUCUUGUGAUGAUCUCUCGCAGUUAGAUGUCAUUGAGGAUCUUAUUAAGAGGACCAAGAAGGAUUUGAUGGAUUGCCUUGAGAAGCAAGAAAACUCAAGGGUUUGUUGUUUUGAUUCCCGUCAAAACCCUAACUCCUCCUCACAAGCCGUCACUAUGUAUCAGAACACUAGCAAACCUCUCGACGGAUCUUCACAAGUAAUCUAUGGUGGUGAGUCUUCUUCAGGUCAACCUCGUUACUUGGUGAACAAGGAUGUUGGUAACUGCUUAUGGGAGACAGAGAAAGAGAAUAACCUAAUUAUGAGUUUACCCCAAGAAACAGAACAAACACAGUCGAUUACCAACGUGGAAGGUGGUGAUGAGGGUCAGAGCUUUUGGGAUGAACUCUAUAACGAAGAUGGUUUUGGUCUUAAUAACGGUGAAGACGAUGUCAUGAAUCAUGAUCGACAUUGGAGAAUUUCUCAACGAUAUAUAGAAAGUGGAGGAAGUUAGUCAAUUCACAGCUUUUAAUGUUCAUGGUGGGGUUUAUUAUGGUUAUAAUUUUUAAACUCUUGUUAUAAUCCUUAAUUAGGUACUAUUUUUU